GCCAACAAAAACACUAACAUUAUGAACAAUAGUAGUUAUCUAUGUAGACAAAGUAGUACAAGGUGGACACCCACAAGUGACCAAAUUAGAAUCCUUAAAGAACUUUACUACAACAAUGGAAUAAGAUCACCAACUGCUGACCAAAUUCAAAAAAUAGCUGCCCGGUUAAGACAUUUUGGCAAAAUUGAAGGGAAGAAUGUGUUUUAUUGGUUUCAAAACCAUAAAGCUCGUGAAAGACAAAAGAAACGUUUUACCCCAUCUCUAGUAGUACAACCUCCUCCUCCACCGCCACCACUGACCACCACCCCAUUUCCCGAUCACCACCACCACCACCUUCCUUAUCUCUAUAGCCAAACACAGCAACACAAACUUUACAACACUCAUCACAUCUCUCCACUCGAAGGUGGUUCUACCUCUCAAACAUUCAUACCUAUUGGCUAUGGCCAUGGUUCUGUUGAAAAGAGUUUCAGGGAGUGCUCUAUAUCACCCGGAGGAAGUGCAUUCCAUGAUUUCGGGUCAUGGGUCGAAAUAGACAAGAUGAACCCGGGUAAUGAAGCCCAAGAUGAAUAUGAUGACGUGGACAAUGAAGGAGAGUUGUCUAGUGAGAUUGAGACACUUCCUCUCUUUCCAAUCCACGGUGGCUCCACCACCACCACCAGCAACGGCGGCGGCAUCCAUCAUGAUAUAUAUAAUAAUCAUAAUGGUGGCAAUUGGUUUCAUUCUGAUGGCAGGACUUCACUUGAGUUGAGCUUGAACUCUUAUUAUGGAUAUUAUAAUUAACUGAUUAGUAGUUAAUUAAUCAUGGAUUAAGUAGUUAAUAAUCAUGCAUGUAAUUAUAUGGCUAAUUAA